UGUAGAGAGUUAUUUGAGGUGGAACCUUUUCUUAAAAUUACACCGGGCCUAAAUUUUGAAGUGAUUCUUACGCAAAGAGCGAAUCAUGCUUGUGAUUACAUAAUGGAGAUGCCUAAAGAGCAGUGGGAGGCAGUGGACAGUUUGGUUUCUGUAGGCGGUGACGGCUUGUUCAAUGAAGUUUUGUCGGGAGCUCUUAUUCGCACACAGCGAGAUGCAGGAAAUCAUUUUGAUGAUCGAGAAUCUUCGCAGUGGCGGAUUCCCCACGUCCGUUUUGGAAUAGUUGGUGCUGGUUCAGUGAACUCCAUUGUGCGCACAAUACAUGGAACUAUUGAUCACGCCACAGCUACAAUUCAUAUCGUUCUAGGCUCUGAAUGUAAGGUAGACGUAUGCGCAAUUUAUGGAGACAAUCACCUAUUACGUGUUUCCGCAAACGCGGUUGCUUAUUGCUGGUCGGGAGAGCUUCUACGAGACUCUGAGCGCUUCAGAUGCUUCGGCCCAGCUAGAUACCAGUGGAGUGGUAAGCUCUAA